AUGAGCGCCGGCGAGGCCAAGGACUAUCUGGCCCGCAGGGAGAUCCCGCAGCUCUUCGAGAGUUUGUUGAAUGGAUUGAUGUGUUACAAACCUGAUGACCCAAUAGAAUAUUUGGAAAGCUGUUUGCAGAAAGUGAAAGAGCUUGGAGGGUCAGAAAAAGUGAAAUGGGACACUUUUGUCAGUCCAGAAAAGAGGACCCUUCCUCCACUCAAUGGAGGACAAUCCAGGAGAUCUUUUUUCAGGAAUGUGAUUCCUGAUAAUCCUAACUUCCCAUACCGACGGUAUGACCGACUCCCUCCAAUUCAUCAGUUUUCUAUAGAAAGUGACACUGACCUCUCUGAAACUGCUGAGCUAAUUGAGGAGUAUGAUGUGUUUGAUCCUGCAAGACCUCGACCAAAAAUCAUCCUUGUUAUAGGUGGUCCAGGAAGUGGUAAAGGAACACAGAGUUUGAAAAUAGCAGAACGUUACGGAUUUAACUACAUAUCAGUUGGUGAAUUGUUAAGGAAGAAGAUCCACAGCACCAGCAGCAAUAGAAAAUGGAGUCUGAUUGCUAAAAUAAUUACUACUGGAGAACUGGCCCCUCAGGAAACAACCAUAACUGAAAUAAAGCAGAGAUUAAUGCAGAUCCCUGAUGAAGAGGGUAUAGUGAUUGAUGGAUUUCCCAGAGACGUUGCCCAGGCAAUCUCCUUUGAGGACCAAAUCUGUACCCCAGAUUUGGUGGUAUUUCUGGCGUGUUCCAAUCAAAGGCUAAAAGAAAGGUUACUGAAACGUGCUGAACAGCAAGGGAGACCUGAUGAUAACCUGAAAGCUACUCAGAGAAGACUAAUGAAUUUCAAGCAAAAUGCUGUCCCAUUGGUUAAGUAUUUCCAGGAAAAAGGGCUAAUCAUCACAUUUGAUGCAGACAGAGAUGAAGAAGAAGUAUUCUUUGACAUAAGUUUGGCAGUAGACAAUAAGCUAUUUGCUAACAAAGAGGCUGCAGCAGGGCCAAAUGAACUUGACUGCAGUCUGAUUAUGGAUUCUGGAGAUACUAUUUAUACAGAAUUUGACUUUGAAGACCAGGAGGAAGACCAGUCAAGUUUUUCUUGUUAUGAGAGCACAGGAGAUUUUGCAGAAGAUCUGAGGAAAUCAAACAUCAUUUUUGUAGUUGGUGGCCCUGGCUCUGGCAAAGGUAGUCAAUGUGAACAGCUAGCCAGGAAAUAUGGAUUUACUCAUCUGUCCAGUGGUGAUCUUCUCCAAAAUGAGUUAUCAUCAUUAUCAGAGAGAAGUAAAUUGAUCAAAGACAUCCUGGAGUGUGGUGAACCAGUGCCUGGAGGUAUUGUCCUAGAGCUACUGAAGGAAGCUAUGAUUGCCAGUUUAGGGGACACGAAAGGAUUUUUGAUUGAUGGGUAUCCCCGGGACCUUAAAGAAGCAGAAGAGUUUGAAAACAAGAUUGGGGAACCAAAACUUGUAUUUUGCCUAGAGUGCUCUGCAGAAACCAUGAGCAGUCGCCUUCUGAUGAGAAAUCAGAGCGGUCACCACUUUGAUAGUGCUGAAACUAUUAAGGAAGGAAUUGAGAGCUAUUACCAAGCAACAAAACCCAUGAUUGCAUACUAUGAGAUGAAGACACAGUUAUGCAAGAUCGAUGCAGAAGGAACACUAGAGGAUGUUUUUCUGGAAGUCUGCAUGUCAAUUGACUCUCUUCUGAAGAAGGAAGAGGCAGCAUUUUCUCUUUCAACAGAAAUUCAGUAAUGGUGUGUACAAAGCUUCGUUUCAUGUGCACUUGAUAGUCAUGAUUAAAAUGCUGUUCAAAGCAAUACCUGUGGUCUUGAGAGGUAUCUGGAAUUUGUGCAUGUGGUAUAAAUGUUAUUUCAGAUGAAAUCUUUUUUCUCUAUUCAUACAAUACACUCAGUUAGAAGUGGUCUCUAUGCUAAUUCCACACUAAGUACUGUAAAUUGUUUUAUUAGUUGUUUGCUCUUCAUAAGUGAAAAGCAGCAUGGUGAACAGCAGCUCUGGUUUGUAUUUCAUGAGCUCAAACAUUUGAGAGUCAGACACAUUGCCCAGUCAGCAAUGAGCUCUUCAACCAAGCCAUUCAUCAUACAGCACAUUAAGAUUUCUGCAUAUAAUUUCCCAUUGGUUAUUGUUUCUUUUAAAUGACAGUAUUAAUUUUUAUGGUAUUACGUAGC